UUCAUUUUUUUUCGGCAUUUUUGAUUAUUUUGAAAAAUUUGACAUGACCACCAUUUUACGAUGAUGAUAAUCAUUGGUUGCCAUUUUUAGUUUUACUAUCAUCUAUCCAACAUCGUUGUUGUGUAUCCUCGUUGUUGUUGUUGUUGUUGUUGUCGUCGUCGUCGUUUUUUUCAUUUUUUUCCAAGAAAAAACAAAAUCCAAAAUGAAAACAACAUUGAUGAUUUACGUAUUAUGUUUGGUGGCACAGAUUCUAUUGUCGUUAUCGAUUCAAAUUGUUUCAAGCCAUAAAGAUUGCAAAUAUGAAAAAGGCCGUUGGUUAGAUUGUGAUCCGGAUACUGGAAUACAAAAACGAAUAUUACGGCUAAAAACAUAUAAAGCUCAUUUACCUGAUUGUAUAAAAGAAAAACAUAUGGAACGACCAUGUAAAAAACAAUGUAGAUAUAUUAAAGGUGCAUGGUCAGAUUGUGUCAAUGGUAUGAGAGAACGUAUCGAUAUAAUUCGAACGGAUAUAUCAUCAUCGCAUUGUAAAGCGGAAAAAGUCGUAAAUAAAUCAUGUCGAAAACAAUGUACCUAUAAUAAAACCGAAUGGUCAACAUGUGAAAAAGGAUUGAAAAAUAAAACACUUACAUUGGCUACGAAUCCAGAAACACCAAAUAGUCAUGAUUGUGAACCGGUAAAAAAUGUUGUUAAACCUUGUUCGAAUAACAGUGGCAAUAACAACAACAACAUCAAUAAAAACAACAAGAAUAAUGUGAAUAAAGUGAAGAAAAAUUCUAACAAAAAGAAUGGUAAUAAAAUCACACCGGAAUAAUAACCCAAAUGUAUUUUCUGGUCAUUUAAACAAAAAACACAAACACACACAAUUUUAUCCAUUAUAUUCAUCCAUAAUUUUACACACAUAAAUGAGAUGAAUUCAUCAUAUAAACCACCACCACCACCAAAGAUGAUUUUCAUCAUUAUUAUCA